UCUCACGGUUGCAAACGGAAUUCGGGUAUCAAGCAAGGAUUUGUGUAAUAUCGUAGAAAGGACGCAUCAGAUGCCGCCAAAGGUCAUGGAUGCUCUUAUGUAUUAUACAAAACUUGAUCUCAUGAGAAAGUUUGGCGACUCUGCCCCAUGUAAGAUAGCCUUGUUUGACACCAACUUCCCCGCCUCGAUCGUUAAACAACACGCAAGGCUUACUAAGACUGCUGUGAAAGACCGUUGUAAGAUGAGAUUUGAUGAUUCUGCGCUUCAGCUUCUCAGAGUUGACCCUGACUGCGAGAUGACUUAUGAUAGGAUAUACUUUCCAUUCAACAUUGACAAAUAUCAUUGGGUUGGUGUCUGUCUUGAUAUCAUGUCAGCUACUCUACAUGUCAUUGACUGCAACAUGAGUCUUCGCAGCGAGAGCCUGAUGAAGAAGGAUUUGAAUCCAGUCGCAAAUGUCUUUCCUUACCUAAUCAACGCAGUGAUAGGAGGUGACUCACGUAACCUACCCAAACCUUUCAUUCUUUCUAGGUCCAAGGGUAUUCCACAGAAUCCAAACCCCAGAGACUCUGCCGUUAUGACUGCUCUCCUGAUACAAGCUCAUGCUUCCAGUGGAGUGGAUGGGUGUAAAGAAGUUACCCCGGUUGCUCUGCACUCAGCGUCUAAACAACUCGCGGUGAUGGUGUAUAGGGCUAUAUGUCCUGUCUAGAUGGUUGGAGUUUACUUAGCCAACUCCUUCCUUUGUGUUUAGUUUGCUAAUUAUGUUUUUAAAAUCCCCGAA